UCCCUUUCCUUUUAACCAAAAAACACUCAUCCCUCUUCUUUGUGGAAUCUCAACUCAACACCAGUGGUCCAUCUUCCUCUUCUAUCCUUUGUUAUUUACAUAAACCCUUUUCAUUUCCACUCUCCCCCCUUCACUUUCUACUUCAAUUCUCUCACUUCCAAGCUUCUUUACCGGGUUUCUGUUUCAGGAAGGAGUGACGUUGAUUGGUAAAGAUUGUGGGAAAUUUUAUAACUGGGAAUGUUGAGUUUGGGAUUUUUUAGAAGCUAAUUUUGUUGAAGUUUAAUGGGGAUGGAUAACGGAGAACUCGAUUUCUCUAGCCACGAGAUGUUUCUAGGUUCGAGUGCCGGUGGUUCUAUGAGCAGCUUCUUUGAUGAAAUCUUUAACGACACACACGCGUGUACUCAUACCCACAAAUGCAACCCACCCGGGCCGGAUUCUUCACAUACGCACACGUGUUACCAUGUGCACACCAAGAUUCUACCCGCUUUGAGCAAUGAAGAAAACACCCCUACUGACGACACUGCUGAAUCCUUACUGAAGAAAACCAAGAAACGUCCUUCGGGCAACCGGGAAGCCGUGAGAAAGUACCGUGAAAAAAAGAAAGCGCGAGCAGCUUCGUUGGAGGAUGAAGUUGUUAGAUUAAGGGCAUUGAAUCAACAGUUAAUGAAGAGGAUUCAAAGUCAGAUUGGGUUAGAAGCAGAAGUAGGGAGACUCAAGUGUUUGCUUGUGGACAUUAGAGGGAGAAUCGAUGGAGAAAUCGGGUCGUUUCCUUAUCAGAAACAACAUCAGGCUGAUCAGAGUGUUGUUAAUCCGAAUUUAGCAGGUGGGUUCUUGUUGAACCCGUGUAAUAUGCAGCGAGGUGCAUCGAUGGACCCUGGUUUCGAUGUAAAUGACUGUGAUUCUGAGGAUCUGCAGUGUUUGUGGAACCAAGGUUCAAUGCUCGGUGAGUUUGCAAGAUGUGGAGGUAAUGAUGAUCUAGUAGGUGCCAAUCCUUCUACCAGAACUAAAAGAAAAGGCGGGCGAGCAGCAACAUCCAGAUGAAUUGAGUAUCUUCGAUCUUUGGUGCUCGAGGCACAAUAACUUGAUGAAACAGUCUGCUGGAUCAGCAUGAUCGUGUGUUUCUUUUUUGUUUGUUCUUUGUUGCUAUUUUAGUUGCCGUCUUUUUUUUUUGUUUUUGUAUCUAUGAAGCACGUGUUGUCAUCCAUCCCUAGUAACUAGUAGUUCAAUGGGCUCGUGUUUGACAUAUGGCAUGUCAUUAGGUUGAGCGCAUGUAGUCAAUAAACUUGAUUCAUUGAUUCGACGAUAAUCGGAUCAGUGUGGAUCAAUCACAAGUUAUCUUGUUCCUUCAAGUUAAAUACUAAAAUAAUAUUUGAGUUAUUUAAGCAUGACAAAGAACAGAGUCAAAAAUGCUAUUCAUUUAUGGUGAGAUAUGUACUUGCUAUC